GUGCUAAUACCUUAACAGAGGUCAGUGGUGGUACCAGCACACCUACAUGUACACAUAUAACUGAAUGGACAUAUAACACCUGCAGUGCAACCAGAAAACAAAAUGAAGAACCUGGAUGAUGCACCUUCUGAGAGGGAAAUCAUUAGAGAGAACAACAACUGGGAGCGAGAAAAUCAAUCAGAGACAGCCCAUAAUAAGACUCCUCUCCUUGGUGAUCCAUGGAAACCAUGCCGACGGUCCGGCGCAACUGUCAAAGUGUGGCUGCUGAAGCUGAGGUGUUGUUUGGAAACAGUGUGUGGGAUGGAGUGGUAUGGCUAUGCUGCUCUCGGCAUUUUGACUGCCAUCCUCAGCUUCCUGAUGGACCUCUGUGUGGCAAAACUGCUGGGAGCUCACCAGUGGCUUUAUAUGAAGUUGGAGGGAAAUAGUCUGCUGCAGUUCUUCUGCUGGACUCUUUACCCAGCAUGCCUCUGUGCUGUUGCAUCAUCGUUCUCCCACAACAUCUGUCCCUUCUCCACAGGCUCGGGGAUACCAGAGGUGAGGACUAUGCUGGCCGGUAUUGAAAUGCCUCAUUACUUGUCUCUCACUAAUAUGUUUACCAAGUUCCUGGGCCUUAUCUGCACACUGGCAGCUGGCAGCACUGUUUUCUUGGGCAAAGUGGGUCCAUUUGUGCAUCUCUCCACCAUGGUUGGAGCCUACCUAAGCAAACUCUGCACUCUUACACAAGCCAAUAAGAAGGAAAAAGCUGCUGGAGAGAUGCUGGUUGUAGCUGCUGCAGUCGGUGUAGCAAGCUGCUUUGGCGCACCCAUCAGCGGUGUGUUGUUCACAGUGGAAGUUAUGUGUUCUCACUUCGCCCUGAGGCAUUACUGCCCGUGUUUCUUCUCAGCCGCCUGCGGAGCACUGACCUUCCGCCUAUUCUCAGUGUGGAGCGGAGAUUCAGAGACUCCUCAGGCGCUGUUCAAAACUAAUUUCCCCACUGCUUUACCUUUCUACCCGAUGGAGAUUCUGCUGUUUGCUUUCCUGGGGCUGCUGUGUGGCGCCCUGAGCUGCUGCUACCUCUUCUGCCAUCGGUGGAUCCUGCGAUUCACCAAAACAAACCCGACCUUCAUCAAAAUGCUGACGACACAGAAGGGUCUAUACUCAGGCAUGGUGGCCUUCCUCCUGGCAUCGCUGACGUUUCCCCACUCUGCUGGACAAUACAUGGCUUCUAAGCACACCAUGAAGCAGCUCCUAACCUCCUUACUGGAUAGCAGGCAGUGGACCUCUCAAUCCCACAAUGCCUCUGUUCAGCUGGGGCCCGAGCCUCUAUUGGAGUGGAGCUCAUCAGGGAGUCCAGUCUUCCUUCCUUUGGCUGUCUUUCUGCUCAUGAAGAUGUGGAUGUUGGUCCUUGCCUGCACUCUGCCUCUGCCAGCUGGAUACGUCAUGCCAGUGUUUGUCUAUGGGGCAGCUUUGGGCCGUUUGCUCGGAGAAGGAGUAGCUUAUGUGUCUUCCACUGGACUGACUUCAGGCCAGCAAUGGACUUCUAUAAAUCCUGGGGGUUACGCACUUGCUGGUGCAGCAGCCUUCGCCGGGGCUGUAACACACACCCUGUCCCCAGCUCUCCUGGCAUUAGAGUUAACAGGCCAGUUCAGCCACGCUCUACCCAUCCUACUCGCCACUCUGCUGGCCAAUGCCGUGGCUCGCUCUGGGCACCGCCCAUCUUUCUAUGAUGCACUCACAAUCAGCAAGAAGCUCCCACACCUGCCCUCUCUGAUGAAGGCAUGCCCCCGGCUUCCCUCCACACCAGUUGGACAGGUUUUGGGAGUGAAAUCAGUGCGGCUUCAGAAAGCAGCUGGGCCAGUGGAGGUUCAGCAUGCUGUCAACACCAGCACUGACGCACAAAUCCCUGUGCUGGACUCACAUGAGUCGCAGAUGAUCCUGGGCUUUGUUCUCCGAUCAGAGCUGCUGAUGUUCCUGCGUUACUGUAAGACUGAGACUCUGGAGAAACAUCUGGAUGAUGUCUGCAGCAUUUACCCGACCUCUGUCUUGUUAUCACCUCACAACACUGUUCAGGAGGCCCACAGUAUCCUGAGUCUGGUUGGAGCUCAGACCUUGUUUGUCGCAGACAGGGGGAGGCUGGUCGGACUCAUCACAUGGCCAGAGAUGAAGAGAAUAUUAGAAGACUUGGCCACAGAAAUCUAAGCAGCAGCACUCGGGAUGUAAGCUCAUCCCUUGACCUUUUUUUAAGCAAACACUAAUCCAUCCGUGUCUGAUUAAUCGUAACACAAGCCUGGCUCUGAUAAUGAUAUCACUUUUUCAUUACCCAAGUGUCACAAUAUUUGCACACAAUCACAAACAAGCUAGAGGCUGUUGCCUUCUAUCGUAAUUAGCAGGAUGUCACCCACUGGGGGGAUAGCACCUUAUCAUGUCCAUUGAGCCGCACUUUGUGACACAGCAAUAUUAAAAGUGUCCAUAAUAUGGGGAAUUUAAAGCAAAGCCUGUAAAACAGUUUGCACACCAAUUAACACAAUGUAACCCUGCUGAUGUGGGUUUUUUUAGAGUUUGGGAUUGACUUUUUACUUUCCAUGCUGCAGCCCUUGGUUUCUUUUUAUUUCAGUACACUAUGAAAAUCACAUUGCAGACCACUGAAAUGUUCUUGGGAGAAGUAAACCAUCACAUAUCCACCACAACAAUAUUGCCUGAUUUGACAAAGCUGCAUCAACAUUUUGUCAUGAUUGAGGCUGGGUGUCAUUUAAAAAAAUACAAUACCAGUCUCAGUACUGUGAAAGUGAUACAGAAACCAAUAGAAUAAUUCAUUUGAUUACUUUGUUUUUCUACAUUUGAUACCAUCAUGUGAAUGGAGGCAUUGAGUUGUGAAAAGAGCCACCAGACACCACAGGCGUGUAAUGUAGCCAUACUUUUGAAUAUUUUGGCAUCUCAGCACGAUGAACUGUCUGCUUCAUCAAAUACAUCGUGCUUGACUACACCUCACCACAGACUGUAUGGGUUGCAGCUGCUGCUGUAGUGGUCCAAUCACACAUCACAUUAAAUGCCUGGGAGCACAAUACUCAUUUUUUUCUAGAUCUGGGUUCAAACAAGAUCAAAUGCGAGUAUCGUUUGAAUAAAGAGGUUUCAAUACUACUUGGCAGUGGGUUAUUUCAGUCGAUACCUCAAAGAUAUCAAUUAUCAAUACCCUGCCCAGUUUUGCUAAAUCCAUUAGUAUAUAUUUGAUAUCGGUUUCUUAUGCUGUCAGCCAAACAGCACACAGAGAAGCACCAUGAUUGUCCUGAACCAACCAAAAGCAACUAAGCUGAACUAAUCAGUGGCAACGAGUGAGUAGAUCUACCUAGCUAAUGUUACCUAGCUGAUAUAGCUCACUGCAGGUCUCAUUUGUUGUAGUAGUGACCCACAACUUAAUGCAAUCCACUGUCUGCAUGUCUGUGUAUGUGACAUAAACCUAACUGUUCUUAGUAAUGUUAAAUGUCCACAAAGACCAAUGUUAUGUUACCAUGUCAUGGAGAGAGGAACUCAGCUUGACAGAUGGGCCGACCUUACCAUGUCCAGCCUGCUCGGACCAGUGGCGCCGGUCGGUUUCGACUGGGAGAUGAACUGAGCCGGUGGACGAGAUAGUAACCGAGGCCCAAACUGUGAUAGUCAGGUCAACAUUUCACCAAGACAAAGAUGGUUAGAAACCAAAGCCGAACUAUAGGCUUCACAUCACAGUGUAAAAGUGAACCACCACAUCACUGCUGAUUCAGAAAGAAGGACAUGAAAAUAAAAGGAAACUUUGCUGAUAUUCAGUCAGCUGUGUGGCACUACAAUGUGUGCAGAUGAACAGUGUUUGGCUUCCCCCCUGUGCCACCAGUGUGCGGACCUCCACCACAGGACCUCCUCUGGCAGGCAGGCAGGUAGGGAGCUCCAGGGAAAGCCAAACAAUGUUCAUCUGCACACACUGCGAUAACACACAGCUGGUUGAAUAUUGCCAAAAUUUCCCUGUUUCCCUUCACUGGUUACCAUAGAGCAGAGAAGGACUUUUUUCAGUGUUAUUAUAACUUAAAAGCAAAAGCAGCAUAUAUUUAGUUGUCUAUACCUUCAAUAGCUAGCUAGCUACACUUUCCUGGGUUUAAUUUUGGAACAGGGGAGAAACGUAUAUCUCCUUUCAACCUUUCCAGGAAAACAAGUAUCCUUAACAAUCGUGCCCCAGGCACAACAUUUAGCUCUAAAUCCACAAAAGCAGCCUGAAAAUGAAGGAAAUGAGUGAUGGAGCACAGCUGUGGAGUUGUCAGACCCUUGUCAGAGCUGGCUGAUGUUGCACUGUGAUUAGCCAGUCUGCAUUUGAGGGACAGAACCUAGCAAAGGGUCGGUUUCCCCUUAAAUGUUUGGAGUCCUUAGUUAAAACUGCUUCAGUCUUCAGUAUAAUGUACAUUACAUAUUUUCUCAUAGUAGCUAUAAGGUAAUGUGUUGACUGAUUUCUCACAUUAACAUCAGGGAUAUGGCAUGAGUUGCCUUGGUAACGAGGUUACUGCUCAGCUUAAUCAAAUCUUGAUUGCAGUCCAAAUUACUGUGACUGCAUUUCUGGUAGGAUAAUUAAAAUUCAGGAAAACUGUGAAUACAAUUAUGUUUGUUGCUUGAAGGAAGAUUUUAAAGGAUCUUGUUUGCCUAGCAUUGGCCAGCAUUUCGAUUGGUUAUGAUAACAUUUUACUCAACAAUGUAAUUACUGAGAUCUUAGACCACAGUAACAUCAUUACACCAGACUUGUAAAAAUAAAAGCAAAGUUUUAAUAAACUGUAAUUAACCUUCAAUGAAUUAUUAAAAGCCAUGAAUCACACUUUAAGACUGAGGGGGUUAUUAUCUAAGGAGAUGACAUGAGGAGGACAUUUAAAGUGAACUAAGAAGGAAAUUUAUUUCUUACAGUUCUUUAUGCAACAAGAUUCUAAUAUAGUAGCAUUAAAUCCCACUUCUGAAGAGCAGCUCCAGUCUGUGUUUGCUGGUUACAUGCUCCAGACACUCUUUCAAAGUGUUCAGACACUAUAUUGAUUUUAUUAAAAGAACCAUUCUGUCUUUAUAAGCAAAGCUACAGUGACUUGCAUCUUGUCAGAGUGAAACCGUCCAGUUCGAUACUGUUACAUUUCCUUCGCACAGCAAAGCUAUCAUAGUUGUUGUUCUUGCUUUGGUAUUGGCGCCCCCAAGGAUGGGCAGGGGAACCCUGACCCCUCCUACUGGCCACUCUUCUCUAAAAUAAUUAAAGGUUGAUAUCCCUGUCUUUAAGAGGCUGUGGCAUGCACAUUUUUUAAUCUAGCAUGAAGGUCGAGAAACAGCUUAAGGCAUCCAUUUGUACUCACCAUGUUGGCAUAUCUCAUCAGGGAGAGGGCCAAACAAUGCUCCAAACUGAAGCUAAAUUUUGGCGAGGGAACAGCUGGCAUGGUGACUUUCAAAGGGGUCUCUUGAAUUCUCACUUCAAGUUAUCUGAAUGAAAAUGGGAUCUAUGGGAAAAACAAGUCUCCCCUAAACUUCAGAAGGCUUGUUCCCAGUGAAUGUUUCAUUCCUUACAAUUUAUGUACUCUUUUAAAUUAACUAAGACCAAGAAAGUAGAUCACGUCACUCCUGCUCUGAGAUCUCUACAAUGGCUUCCUGUCUGUCAGAAUCUACUUCAAACUUCUACACUGCUGGUUUACAAAGCACUAUAUGUUUUAGGGCCCAAAUAGCAGCGUUUAAUUUUUAUGCUCCACAUAUGUGGAACAAACUCCCAGAAAACUGCAGGUCUGCACCAAUUCUCACUUUAGAAUCAAGGUUGAAGACUUUUAUGUUUGCCGCUGCCUUUUAUUAAAUCAAAUAUUUAUUCUUUUUUUACACUACACUGUAAUUUUUAUUAUUGCAGUGUAACUUUUAAUCGUGUAUUAUAUGCCCGUUUAGUGUAUUUUAACAUUUUAUUUCCUAUUCUUUGGUUCUUUAAUGAACUGCUUUUAAAAUGUUUUUCUUUUGCACCUUGUCGUGAUGC